UUGGAAGAACUUGAAAGUUUUUCAUCUAAUUGUGCUCUAUCCGAUAAAAAAAUAGAAAGAGAUAAAAAAAUUGAUGAAAUUGAAAGCCUAGCUGUAUGUUUAGCAUUAAUAAAAGAAAUUCUAACCAAAAAAAGACCUCUAUUAAAAAAAACUGACUAUAGAAGAGCAAUUAAAUAA